AUGUCAGCCAAAGCCGGCCCCUCAAAGCGUUCCGUCCCCCCAAAGAAGAAGACCAAGCCGGCGAUGAUCGUCGACGAAGCGUCCGAAGCCUCGCAGUCGGAUUCCGAGAGCGUCAACAGCGACAACAUUGACGAACCGAUUGUCGAGACCCCGCGCCCGACACAGAAGGUGCGCAAGGGCGCACCGCUUCCUCUGUAUCAAGCGCCGAUUGGGAUGGAACCUGUCCAGGUCUCGACGAGCUUCAAGAACAGCCCGUUCGAGUUUGAUGCGCUGAACAAGAAGGGCGUCGAGCUGUGGGCUAUUCGUGUACCUGCGGAUUUCAAGGCUUCGCGUCUGGCGUCACUCGCCCUCGAUAAGCCGGGGAAGAGUGUGCGCGGGCGUCUGGAACGGAGUGGCACGUCGUACACACUCCAAACGGCUGAGAAGGACGAGGGCAUUGGGGCCGAGAUGACGGGCAUGAGCCUUCUCGUGCCCAACUUGGGCCGUGCGGGACAUUUGCAGCGUGCGCCGAUCAAGAUCUCGCGGCGCCUAAUCCUCGCGCCGGCGGACGACAAGGCGGACGGGACGGAAUUCACCGCCCCCCCAAAGGUCAAGCGGACACAGCCAGAGGGCAAGCUCAAGUUCCGAAACCGCGCGUUUGGGUUUGACACGCCCGGCCCAGGCGCGACCAUGACGACCGUGGAGGAGACUGCUGUUGCUGAGGUGGAAGAGGCGAAGGAGGACGAGGACGAUGACGAUGACGGGGUGCCAGAAUCUCCCGCCAAGUCCAAGUCUCCAAAGAAGGAGAAGAAGGACAGAAAGGAGAAGGAGAGCAAGAAAGACAAGAAGCGCAAGGCAGAGGAUGAGACGCCCAAGAAGAAGAAGAAGGCCAAAGCGGAGUGA